GGGCCGAUACACGCUAAUAACCAGGGGACAGAAAAAUCUCCACCCGAGGCGUGGAAGACACAUCGUCGCCCUCCUCGCGUGCGAGCGCCGCCACCGCAUCUUCCCAUCGAACUCCGCCGACCACCCGAGGUGGAAGACACACCGUCGCCCUCCUUGCAUGCGAGCGCCGCCACCACAUCUUCCCAUCGAACUUCGCCGACCCCGCAUCUUCCCAUACGAGCGGUGUUUCUCCAAGAUUCGCUGCUGGCCAUAUCGACAUCGACAUCGUCAUCCUCGAUCCAGACGAGUGUGUGUGCCGUCUCCAUGGGUCUUCGACAGAUUUAGAUCCUUCCUGCUCGUCUUCGUCGUGGGAUACUCGCUCGGCCUCCUGUCGUCGUCCACCCGGCCGUCACCGAGAUCGUAUUGUUGUAGAUUUUAAUUACACUAUUUUAAUUAUGCUAUUUUAUAUUGUGCACUAGUACUCCAGUAGCGCAACUUACUAUGGUAUUACAUUGCUAAGAAUUGACUAUAUUAUGGUAUGAUUUGCUUCUAAAUUUUAGUAGUGUUAUAUAUUAAGGUUUCUGUAUGGCGUUGCCUAGGGGAUUGUCAUACUGUGUAUGUAUGGUACAAGCAAAAAGCAGCAUGUUUAAUCAUUGUUUCUGCUCUAACUAGCAGCUACUGUGUAAUAAUAUAUAGGUUUUUGCGGAUGGGGAGAUGAGCAAAUUAUUAUUCACUAGAAUAGACGAACAUGUUCUUAUAUUCUUAUUCUCCAAACAUCCAUUCUGUAAAAUUCUUGUUUUUUAUCGUUUGUUUUUCCAGCUGCAAUUAUUUUCUAUUCUUGUGUUUUCCUUUUUUUUCUCUAUUUUUUAUUUGUCAGCUCUAAUUACACGUACAUGCAUGCUAUGAUAUCAUAUUAAGUUUUGCAUAUACAAUGGCUCUUAACCUUUGAUUUGUUAUAUUAUGAAAUUUAUUAGUCCAUUUCUUUUUUUGUAUGCUAUGAUAUCAGAUUGCAUUGUACCAAGGAUAAGAAAAAUGGAUAAGCGAACUAGGAAUAGAAGAGAAGAGGAGGACGAGGAGUUAAUGCUCUUUCUUUUCCCUGCUCUUUAUCUAAUUACUAAUGGAGGGAGAGAGAAAAGAGCAAGGCAUGCUUCUAUUCUACCUGGCAAGGAGAGACUUAAAGAGAUUCUUGAAGGGCAUGAGAAGAACUGUCUUGUCGCAUUUUGUAUGGAGCCUCGUAUACUCAAAGAUAUAGCAACAUUUCUUAGAGAAGAACACAUCCUACGUGACACAAGGGGUGUUACCGUGGAAGAAAAACUAGGAAUGUUCCUUUUCAUAUUGUCCCAUAAUGCUAGUUAUGAGGAUUUACAACAUGAAUUCAAACAUAGCGGUGAAACUAUCCAUCGACACAUCCAAUCAGUUUUCCAUGUAAUCCCAACUCUCAUGUAUAGAUUUGUGAAGCCCGCCACUGGAAUUUCAGUUCAUUGGAAGAUUAGCACAGAUGAACGGUUCUUUCCUUACUUCCAAAAUUGCAUUGGAGCUAUUGAUGGAACACAUGUUCCAAUUACCAUUUCGGCAGAAAAGCAAGCCCCCUAUAGGAAUCGAAAAGGCACACUAAGUCAAAAUGAUUCCAUGUUCCCGAGGGAAAAUAUUAUCUUGUCGAUGGAGGAUAUGCUAACACACCAUCAUUCCUUGCACCGUAUCAUGGUGUUCGAUAUCACUUGAAAGAAUUUGGCCAUGGUCACCAACGGCCAAGAAACUAUAAGGAAUUGUUUAAUCACCGACAUGCUUUAUUGCGGAACCACAUAGAGAGAGCAAUAGGAGUUUUGAAGAAGCGUUUUCCCAUUCUAAAAGUUGGAACACACCAUCCAAUUAGGAACCAAGUGAAAAUACCAGCUGCGGCAGUGUUGUUCCAUAAUAUUAUACGGAUGCACAACGGGGAUGAAGGUUGGUUGAAUAGCCAAACAAGUAACAUAUCGCCAGAAACUUUUGUUGAUCUUCCUGGAGGAGACAAUUACUAUAGCAAUGAUGUUGUGUCACUUAAUAGCCAAGUGGAUAAUGGGAACUCUGUUAGAGAUAUGAUUGCAUUGAAUAUGUGGAAUGAUUAUAGUCAACAUCGUUCAUGAUAUAUCAAGAAUGUUUGGAAGAGGAUCUCCUAGGAUGAACUUGAUCCAAGCUGCAACUAUGAAAAAAAUAUCCCCCAGAUCUACUACUAACAAGCGCAAGAAGAGAACAUCACCAAAAGUUGGUCGUCUUAGAGCAAACUGGAAUAGUGGACUAGAAAAGGGUUUAGUUGAAAUUCUUCAAGACCACAACAAUGACUGUUAUAAGGGCCAAAAUGGGUGGUCAUCGGAAGCAUGGAAUAGAAUUGUCAAGUUAUUCCAUGAGAAAUUCUCUUAUGUCACAUUUACAAAAUGCCAAAUCCAAGAUAAAGAGAAAGAGUUAAAGAGAGACUACAAGGCUCUUAAAGAGGCAAGACAACAAAGCGGGGUAUCAUGGGAUGAGCGGUUGUGUAGAAUAGAAGCAGAAGAACCCAUUUGGAAUAACCUCACCACUAGUAACGAGAGACUUAAGAAGUUUCGGACUAAAUCUUUCCCACUGUUUGAGGCUUUAGGAGAGCUAUAUGAUGGAAAUAUUGCUAAGGGAACCAUGAAUUUUACUUCUAUUGAGCCUUCUCGACCUCCUGUCACACAACCUUGUCAAGGUGCUGCUACACAGCCUUCUCAAGCUGCUUUCACACUUACACAACCUUCUCAAAUCGCUUUCACACAACCUUCUCUAGCUGCUUUCGCACAGCCUUCUCGAACCGCUUUUAGACAUCCUUCUCUAGCCGCUUUCCCACAGCCUUCUCAAGCCGCUUUUGCACAGCCUUCUCAAACCAUUUUCACACAGCCUUCUAAAGCCGCUUUCACACACCCUUCUGAAGCCACUUUCACACAGCCUUCUCAAGCCGCUUUCACACAACCUUCUCAAGCUAAUAUCUCACAAGCCAUUUGUGAUGAAGAUGACGAGCUCAGAGUAUUGGAUCCACCAGCCCCUACAUCAGUGAGCAAAAGGGCAAAAAAUGUUGGUACUGGUAAUUCAAGAACAAGAAUUAACAAGCGUACACAAGAUAGGAAUGUGGUUGAGAUGAUGGGAAGGUUUCUAGAAAUGAAAGAAAAACAAGCUGAGGCGGAUGAAAGGGCCACAACUAAUGCAAAUGAGGAUGAUUUCCCUAUUCAAACAUGCAUUGCUAUUGUGGAUGGAAUGGAAGAGCUUUCUGAUGAUGAGAAGGUUGAUGCUUAUGAUGUGUUUAAGGAUGCCCAAAACCGGGCCAUUUUCAUGACUGCCAAAGAUGCUACGCGCAUAAAAUGGUUGAGGAAGAAGAUUGCAAGAACAUGAUAUGAUAUAUGAAGCUAAAGUAAUGAAGGAUGAUUUUGUAGUAUCGUCCAGCAUAAGGAAAGAAAGCUGCAAUUUGUGCUAUUGUUUGAUUUAAGACAAACAGAGAUGGAUAUUUAACUUUAGCCAUGACACUACUUGUUUGCAACUUUUAAGUAAUCUGUUAAAUUAAAGAUGAGAUCUUGCAGAUUUUUCUUAUUACCUAAUGGAUUCUCUUAUUAGCUGAUUCAAAUCUAAUCAUGCAUAUUGUAGUAAGGACUAUGUAUGUUGAAUCAAUGACUCUGGUUCAAUUUUAAAUAUCACAUGUGUUUUAAGUUUCUUAACUUUAUGGCUUAUCUUCUAAUUUUUAUUUUCUUUUAUUUUUCUCUAGCGGAUUUUUGAGUAAUAUGAUCAUUGUUGUUAAGUGUUUAUUAUUUUAUUUUUAAUCUUUAUUCACAUGUACGUAUUUAUGAAAAUCUACAAACAAGAUAAAAAAUAGAGUUGAGUAUAAGUACCAGCAUUUAUCUCAAUCUGAGACUGGGAGCUGGCGGAGUGGAGUCGGACGUGGGUCUAAACAAAAGGCCAGGCUUGGACGGGUGACGGCUGGGAUUGGGUGGUUGCUAGGUAUUAACCCAAACCACGUGUGGGUUGAGUUACCAGUAGGGAUGAAAACGAUUUCAAAAUUUUUCGGAAUUCCGGAAACCGAUUUCGAAAUUUUUCGAUCGGAUUCACCGGUAACGGUAUUUUUCGAAAAUGGAAUCGUUUUCGGAAUUUUCUAUCGAAAUCGAUAUGGUGUUUUACCGACCAUUUCCUUCGGUUACCGGUUUUGUCAGAAAUUAUCAGAUUUAUGUCUCGGAAUUUUUUGGAAUUUUCCAUCAUGUGAUUUUUCGCAUCGUCUAUACGUCUCUAGAUAAGGAUUACUUAUUUUUGUAUUUUUUUGGAUGCCUUAAGAUUUUUUUGGAUAGAUGGUGUUGGAUUAACGAUUUGGUCUCUCGAACAAAUCCACCAUUUUCUAUAUACAUGUUACGUAUUAGUAAUAUAUAAUGAUAGAGAGCCGACAGUCUGUCUUUUCCACACAAUAGGUUUUAGGGUUUUUCUGUGAGGUUCUGAAAAACUCUAUAUGUGAGAAAAAAAUAUUUUAUAAGUAAGCAUGCCAUGUCAGCUAGAUCGAGUGGAUAUUGUGAAUUGUGAACUUUAAGUCUGUGAACUUGUGAUAUUUAUGAACUUGUUAUAUUGUGAUCUUUGUAAACUUUUUAUAUUAUAAACUUGUGAUCCUUGUGAACUUGUUAUAUGAUGAAUUGUGAACUUGUGGUCUUUGUGAUCUUUUGUCAACUUUGUUGUAUUGUGAAGUUUGAUAUGUUUACGGAUCGUAUUUUAGAUUUCGAUCGUUACCGGUGUAUUUUCUGCACCAAACUUUUAUUUCCGAUGUUUCCGAAAUACCAAUAUCGUUUCCGUUUCCGGAGUUACCGUUUUCGAUUUUGUUUCCGAUAAAAAAUAUGAAAACGGUAAUGGUUUUAGUGUUUACCGACCAUUUCCGACCGUUUUCGUCCCUAUUUACCGGUGGACGAUAACCACAUAUAUCCAAACGAAGCCUAAUCCGCUUUGGCUGGGUUGUGGUUGUGAGUACUAUACAACACUGGUUAGCUCUAGAGAUAGUUUAGCUUAGCAGCCUGUCGGCGUCACACGUCAGCCAUGGUACUGUACUAGCAACCGCCAACCGCACUGCCGGUCCGAACUCAAGACGGCUCGCGGGACUCAAGCUUUUUUCAGACUUGCUAUCAAUGCAAGUAUGAAUUUGCUGCCGUAGUAUGCAUGCGAAUAUGUGGUUGGAUAGUGUUUGUGCAGGACAGGUGUCAAGCAGAGGCAAUAGCUGCUUCCUGCAGACGAGACAAAUUAAAUAAAAUAAUUUAGAUAAGAUCGCCAGCGGCGCUCAAAAAGCCGUAGCAUGCAACGGAACGGACGGACGGGUAGGUACGCUGACGCAAUCGUCAGUCUCCAACUAGAUCGCGUCCACUUGAUUAGUCCUAAUCCUAGUCGUUAAUAAAUUGAUUACGGAUAAGCGCCCGUGCGAUCCAUCGCCAUCGUCCCCCGGCAAUUCCUCUAUAAAUAGAGCUCCCAGCGCACGCCGAGACUCGAUCUCCUCCCAUUUGUUCAGCUAUCUCCAACCAAGUUGAAACCAUCUUGUUCAAAUCGCCCCCUCCUCUCUCUCUCUCGUCAAGCACAAGCUUCUGUGCGUUCGUGUUGCGGCCCUGUCUGCUGAUUGGCUGUGGAUCCAGAGGCGAAACUAUGGCUCUGACGCUGCGUUCCUCGACGUCGUUCCUGUCGCAUGUGGACCCCGCCUCCAAGCUCCUCCACAAACCCACCGACGAGGCGCCGCCCUGCUGCGUCUCCGUGCCGCCUGCGCCCAGCCGCAGGCCGCGCGCGCUCCGGGCGGCCGCGGCCACGGCCACGGCGCCCUCGCCGGCGACGCACCGCGCGCCGGCGGAGGCGGCCGAGCUGCUGCACGGAGGCGGCGCGGGCCAGCAGCACGGGCUGCCGCGCGGCGGGGUGCCGGUGUACGUGAUGCUGCCGCUGGACACGGUGGGGCCAGGCGGCCAGCUGUCGCGGCAGCGCGCGGUGGCGGCUAGUCUGAUGGCGCUGCGGGGCGCCGGGGUGGAGGGCGUGAUGGUGGACGUGUGGUGGGGCGUGGUGGAGCGGGAGGGCCCCGGCCGCUACGACUGGGAGGCCUACGCCGAGCUCGUGCGCAUGGUGGAACGCGCCGGCCUCCGGCUCCAGGCCGUCAUGUCCUUCCACCAGUGCGGUGGCAACGUCGGCGACACCUGCAACAUCCCGUUGCCGCCAUGGGUGCUGGAGGAGAUGAGCAGCAACCCGAACAUCGUAUACACGGACAGGUCCGGACGCCGGAAUCCCGAGUACAUCUCCCUCGGCUGCGACACACUUCCAGUGCUCAGGGGCCGGACCCCCAUCCAGGUCUACACCGACUACAUGCGCAGCUUCCGCCAGAGGUUCCGCGACUACCUCGGCAAUGUCAUCGCGGAGAUCCAAGUGGGUAUGGGUCCUUGUGGAGAGCUGAGGUAUCCUUCGUACCCUGAGGCCAACGGAACAUGGCGUUUCCCGGGCAUCGGGGAGUUCCAGUGCUAUGACAAGUACAUGCGGGCAUCGCUGGAAGCCGCGGCGGUGGCGUCGGGCCACGAGGAGUGGGGGAGGGGCGGACCGCACGACGCCGGCGAGUACAAGCAGAUGCCCGACGACACGGGCUUCUUCCGGCGCGAGGGCACGUGGAGCACCGAGUAUGGGCAUUUCUUCCUGGAGUGGUACUCGGGCAUGCUCCUGGAGCACGGUGACCGCGUCAUGGACGCGGCCGAGGCCGUGUUCGGCGGCACGGGCGCAACGCUCUCCGCCAAGGUCGCCGGCAUCCACUGGCACUACCGGACCCGGUCCCACGCGGCGGAGCUCACGGCCGGGUACUACAACACGCGGGGCCGCGACGGGUACGCGCCGAUCGCGCGCAUGCUGGCCAAGCGCGGCGCUGUGCUCAACUUCACGUGCAUGGAGAUGAAGGACGAGCAGCAGCCGCAGCACGCCAGCUGCUCCCCCGAGCUGCUGGUGCAGCAGGUCAAGGCUGCGACCAGCGCCGCCGGCGUGCAGCUCGCCGGCGAGAACGCGCUGGAGCGGUACGACGAUGCGGCGUUCUCGCAGGUGGUGUCGACGGCGCGCGGCGCAGGCCUGGCCGCGUUCACGUAUCUGCGCAUGAACAAGACGCUCUUCGACGGCGACAACUGGGGGCGGUUCGUGUCCUUCGUCAGGGCUAUGGCCGACGGUGGCGCGAGGCCAGCGCUGCCGCGGUGUGACACGGGGCACUCGGACCUGUACGUCGGGUUUGUCGACGCCGCCAAGGAGAGGAAGGCGGCGGAGGCCAAGGGCGCCGCCACCACCGCAGCAUUGUAGGUGGUCAUCGGUAGAUGCCCAUGCAUGUGCUUGCAUAAUGCAUACAGACACAUGCGCCGAGCUGUUGUAUAACGUACACAGGAGAACUGUAUAAAUUCAGGGCCUUCAGGUUGCAAAGUUUUAUAGGCUGUAAUCGAGCAGGUAGAUAAGGAGGCAGGCAUGUCAGAACUUAGGCUAUCUUCAGUUUAUUUGUUCCAUUUCAAACUGUAUUAUAAGGAGCAGCUUGGUGACUUUCACUGUCAUAAAUUUAGCUGAAGGAAAAUAGAAAUGCCAAUUACUACAA